AUGAAAUUGCAGAUGGCGGUAAUGUUGAAAGCAAUAUCAGAUAAUUACCACCAUAUAAUGGAUGAAAAAUCGGAUCCACGAGUCAACAACUGGUUCAUGAUGAGUAGCCCACUUCCUACACUUGCCAUUUGUAUUUGUUACGGUUAUUUCAGUAAAGUUAUGGGUCCAAAAUUGAUGGAAAAUCGUAAACCCUUUUCUCUCAAACGAACUAUGAUAAUCUAUAAUUUAUUUCAAGUAAUUUUUUCAGCUUGGCUAUUUUAUGAGGGGCUAGCCUCUGGUUGGUGGAAUGAUUAUUCUUUUAGAUGUCAGCCUGUAGAUUAUUCAACAAAUCCAAAGGCAUUAAGGAUGGCGGGUAGUAGCUGGUGGUACUAUAUAUCCAAAUUUACAGAACUUCUCGAUACACUUUUUUUCGUACUGCGGAAGAAAAACAAUCAAAUAUCUGCUCUUCACGUUAUACAUCAUGGAAUAAUGCCAUUAUCCACGUGGGUUGGCGUUAAGUUUAUUCCUGGUGGUCAUUCAACAUUCUUCGGUCUACUUAACACAUUUGUUCACAUAGUGAUGUAUGGAUAUUACUUACUUGCUGCCCUUGGACCACGUGUAAAGCCAUAUUUAUGGUGGAAAAAGUAUUUGACCGCUCUUCAAAUUACACAAUUUGUUCUAAUUAUGAUCCACGCAUUCCAGUUACUAUUUAUAAAAUGUGAUUAUCCUAAAGCAUUUGCUGGAUGGAUUGGAUUACAUGCAAUUCUAUUCUUUUUUCUUUUCAAAUCUUUUUAUGAAGAAUCUUACACUAAAAAAACUGUUAAAAAUUUACCUAAAUCAGUUGAAGAGGAAAAGACUGCAAAUAUAUACAGUAAUAAUAACAAUAAUAAUAAUAAGAAUAAUAAUAAUAAUAAUAAUGAUAAAUAUAGUAACUCGCGAAAACCAAACAAAGAAAAUUUUACUAACGAUUUCAAUGAUUAUGAAUUGAUUAAUGGUUUUAACAAUAAUUUACGAAUUCGUGUUAAUAUUAACAAUCAUAAUGCUGAUAAAUCAAUUAAGUAA